AUGAGUGACGAGGAGUUGUUUUGGAGAGCUUCAAUGGUUCCUCGAAUUCAAAAGUUGCCUUACAAGUAUGUUCCGAAAGUGGCUUUCAUGUUCUUGACAAAGGGGCCUCUACCUUUGGGUCCCUUGUGGGAGAAAUUUUUCGAGGGACAUGAAGGCUUAUACUCCGUUUAUGUGCACGCACACCCUGAUUUUAAUGAAUCAGUGCCUGAAGAUUCUGUCUUCCAUGGUAGAAGAAUUCAUAGCCAGCCAGUCUAUUGGGGAACAUCAACAAUGUUAGAUGCCGAGAGACGCCUGCUAGCUAAUGCACUCCUUGACUUCUCCAAUCAAAGAUUUGUGUUGCUGUCUGAAUCGUGCAUUCCAUUGUUCAACUUCACAACAACUUAUGACUACCUCAUCAACUCAAAUCUAAGCUUUCUAAGCUCAUUUGAUGACCCAAGGAAGCCAGGUCGUGGCCGAUAUAACCCUCAAAUGUAUCCAAUUAUAAACAUCACAAAUUGGCGAAAAGGGUCUCAAUGGUUUGAAGUGCACCGUGAGCUUGCCAUCCACAUUGUGUCUGAUUGCAAAUAUUAUCCUAUCUUUCAAGAAUACUGUCACCCUCCUUGUUAUAUUGAUGAGCAUUAUAUUCCAACACUGGUGAACUUGUUGUACUCUGAGCUGAAUUCAAAAAGGAGCAUUACUUGGGUGGAUUGGUCAAGGAGUGGUCCUCAUCCUGGAAAAUUUGGAGGGAGUGAUAUCACAGAUGAGUUUUUGAAUCGGAUUCGGUUUGGAUCAGAAUGUGAAUACAAUGGCAAUACAACUUCAAUAUGUUUCUUGUUUGCUAGAAAAUUUAUGCCUAAUACAUUGGAGCCAUUGUUGCGAGUUGCUCCUUUGCUGCUUGGUUUUGAUCCGUAA